ACAUGGUGUAAGAAGUAAAGCAGUAAGGUCCAUGUACAAUAGUAUAUAUAGUACAAAUGUACUAUUAUCUGAAUGACCGAUGGUCAGUUAUCACCAUGACAUUAUUAAGUACAUAUAUAAAUUUUAUACUAAGUACUGAAGCAUAUAUUUACAGAAAUGUUUAUGUGGACAUUUAUAUAAGACAACAUAACAGGGUAUUUACUCUUAAGCAGAAUUUUACAUUUAUUGCUAGAAAAGAAUGGACUUCAAGAUAUUAGUACUGCUUCUAGCGUCUACCACAAGAUGUGUCUGUGUGUUCAUAUCAACUCCUACCAGCAACGCUACAGAAAGACAUCGCCUUUACACAGAACUUUUCAAAAAUCAGGGCUACAACUCUAAGAUCGCUCCAUUCGAGGGUAAAAAUCUCUCUCUUGAUGUAAUCAUUUCUUUCUUUCUUGAAACGAUUAUUGACUUUGAUGAGAUAACAGAAGUAUUGAAGACAGCAUCCUACAUGAAAAUAGAAUGGAAUGAUACAUACUUGCAGUGGAAUGAAACCGAAUACGACUUAAAUGUAACAUAUAGGCCUCAGAACGAUGUUUGGAAGCCAGAUCUAGUUCUAGCCAAUUCAGUUAGACCAUAUGAAAGUCUUGGACAUGAAGCUAUCAAGGUUGAAAAUAAAAAUGACGGUCAUAUAGGGUGGUACCUUCAUGAGGUGUUUGAAACGGCGUGUGAUAUAGACAUGACUUAUUACCCACAUGAUGUACAAACUUGUAAAAUAGAAAUUAUGUCUUGGAGCUACCCUGAAAUAAAACUAAUCGCAGAUCCGGAUCAUGUAGAUUUAACCUAUUACGGUUCCAACCGUGUAUGGAAAAUCUUAAACACAAGUGUAACACACGAAGAGAGAUUGCACGUGGAUGUCAUAAUAUAUAAAUUAGAGUUGAAGCGGAAACCCCAGCACGCUCUGUUGACAUUAUUUCUUCCAGUUCUGUUCCUAAACCUUUUAGGACUUUCUGUGUUUGCAAUUCCUAACGGUGGUAACAGAUCAGGGUACGCGGUUACAGUUAUCCUGGCUUUCUCCUUCUACUUGACCAUUGUAGAUUCUGUUAUGCCUCCGCACUCCGAGAAGAUACCACUCUUUUCGAUAUAUUUGGUUAUUCAAACUGCCCAGUCAACAAUCAUCACAAUUUUAUCUGUACUUUUAACGAAAGCAGAAUUAAUGGACAAGGACACGGCAGUACCACGUUUUCUUGUGUUUCUCGUUAAAAUUAGCAAAGUACGCUGUAAGAAAAAUACCAAAUCUAACAAGGUCUGUACAACUGAAAGCAUUGAGACAGAAGCAAUUUCGGAUAACAAGACCGAUAACAAUAAGGAAGCCACACACUUUACUUGGGACAUGGUUGUCGACGCCGUUGAUAAAAUAGCAGCAAUAUUCUUCACUUUAACUUUUGUUUUUACUUCCGUAGGUUUCUUUUGUGCAAUCUUUCUUUCAAACUAAUGACUGUUCCAUUUGACAAAAUGUACAUUUCGUACAAUGAUAUUUACAUUUGAAUAUGAAGUAAGUUUUAACUUAAAUUAGAUCAUUCGAUUUUCCUUCAAUCACUUAUAAUUCUAUAUGUUUCUUUAUAAUGAAAUGGAAAUAUAUCUGAUUUUCUAUCCAAAUUGACGAAUUAAUUAAAAAUAAUAGUGCGUUUUACCGUUGAAAUUUGAGGAUUUAGAAUGCUUUAAAGGGUACAGAUACCACAAGUAUAAGCCUUCAUGAAUACAAGUUUACGUCACCGCUGAACAUAUACUUUUUUCAAUUCUGCCACUAAUGCAUGGAUAUUUGAAAUAUAUAUAAAAAGACGUGUCUUUAUAAGUGUAAGUAUAUUUUCUACAUUUAGCGCGAUAACUUACCUGUUAGUACUUUCACUGUUAUAAUCCAUAGUUUUCCACUUGAUUGGUUUACUUAACUAUGUAUGUGCACUGUAUAAAUGUUUAUUUAUGUAUACAACGCAUUUUGAUAAAACAGGACGAACGGCUUACUUUCUCUAAUGUUAUUUUCUGCCACUUAUUUUUACAAAAAUGGCUGCCGUAAAGAUUACAAGUCACGAAAACUCCGUGACGCAUAAAAUCACUUUAUAAAAACUAAUGUGAACAUAGUACAAUUUAUGAUAAAACCUCUUGACAAGGAUUUACUUUCAUUCUUUAGAACUUUCUCAUUUUAUUAUGUUUCAUCCAUGAACACCUUAUUUAUCUUUUGGUAAAAUACUUUGAUUGCAGAACUCUAUUGAAAUCAAGGAAAUUCUUGUUGAAUUAAUUGAAUUUGAAUAAAAUAAUGCACAAACUAUGUUUAGGGAGCUGCAUUCCCUAUUACUGGUCAAGAGACUUUUGUCUUUUCUGCCAGUCAUUUUAAUGUCGACAUGACACUAUUUAUUCAAACUGUAUAUACCUGUAAAUAGUUUAUAGUUUGAAAAGAAUUAUAUCUUAUCUGUGUGUACUCAAAAAUGUUUAUUUCUUUACAAAUAUCAAAUCUGAGCAAAAUAUAUCUUUGUUAAACCAGAGCAAAAUAAAGUAGAUUGAAAUUUGAUAAAUAAAUUUGUACAAGUAAUGGCAUACUAGCAAUUAUACUACAAGAACAAACCAUUCACAUGUCAUUUUAUGCGAGGCAAUACGAUCGGCAUGUGAUUUAUUUAUUUAAAAAAAAGACAUGUCUUUAUAAGUGUAAGAAUGUUUUCUACAUUUAACACGAUAACUUACUAACCUGUUAACACUGUCACUGUUAUAAUCCAUAGUUUUCCACUAAAUUGUUUACUAAACCAUGUAUUUGCACUGUUAAAAUGUCUAUUUAUGUAUACUACGCGUUUGAUAAAACAGCACGAACGGCUUACUUUCUCUAAUUUUAUUUUCUGCCACUUAUUUUUACAAAAAUGGCUGCCGUAAAGUUUACAAGUCACGAAAAACUUCGUGACGCAUUAAAAUCAUCAAAUAGAUAUUUUUCUUUAAACAAAAUACAGCUAUAUAAAUUACUGCUGAUUAUAAAUAUUGUUUACAACACAUGUAAAUGUGCACGUAUAUUCACUUUAUGAAAACUAAUGUGAACAUAGUACAAUGUAUGAUAAAACUUCUUGACAAGGUUAGAAUUUUCUCAUUUUAUUAUAUAUCAAGGAACACUUUAUAUAUCUUUGGUAAAAUACUUUGAUUGCAGAAUUCUACUGAAAUCAAGGAAAUUCUUGUUGAAUUAAUUGAAUUUGAAUAAAAGAAUGCACAAACAAUUUUUGGGGAGCUUCCCAAUUACUGGUCAAGAGACUUUUGUCUUUUCUGCCAAUCAUUUUAAUGACACUAUUUAUUCAUACUGUAUAUACCUGUAAAUAGUUUAUAGUUUGAAAAGAAUUAUAUAUUAUCUGUGUGUACUCACAAAUGUUUAUUUUUUUACAAAUAUCAAAUUUGAGCAAAAAAUAUCUUUGUUAAACCAGGGAAAUAUAAAGUAGACUGAAAUUUGAUGAAAAUUGAUAAAAGUAAUAGCAUACAUGUUCGAACAAACCAUACGCAUGUCAUUUUAUACCGGUCAAUAAAAUCGGCUGCAGUUUUCAAAUGUGAUUUAUUUCACUAAAAAACAAAAACAACAAAAAACAUUUUGUUAUUUCAUAAACGUCAAUUUUUCUGAAGAAGACUAAACAUAGAAAGCUAAAGAAAAGCGUUUGUUUUUAUUGAAUUGAUUAUAUAUUUAUUUCAAUCCUGAUAUAUGUAUGUUUAAAAUUGGAGAACAAUUUGUUUUUGUUUGUUUCUUUCUUUUUUGUGAAGCUUUUAAUGU